AUGACGGACGCAUCCAGGCUAAAAGGCACCAUCUACGUGGGUGGGCUCGAUCAGGCGGUUACAGUGCGGACGCUGAGCGAAGCGUUCAUCCCCUUUGGCGAGAUAACUGAUAUCUCGCUGCCGAAGCCAGAGCUGCCUUCGUCCACGGACCUGCACCGGGGAUUCGGAUAUAUCGAGUUUGAGCUGCCUCAGGAUGCCAAAGAGGCGAUCGACAACAUGGACCAGAGCGUGCUGUAUGGACGAACUAUCAAAGUAGCGGCAGCAAAACCGCAGAAAGAAAGCAACGAGGGACUAGGUAGUAAGACGGCUAUAUGGGAGCAGGAGGGAUAUCUGGCCAAGCACGCAGUCAGCGAGGAGGACCAGCUUGCUACAGGAGAAGCCAGCACCAGCAACAACCGGCCUGAAGAUCCUAUGCAAGGUCUCGAGGGACUGGACGUUGCAGGCCCGAAGCCAGCAUAG